GAAGAGCUGUGGAGAAGCAUGGUGAGAAAGCCGCCUAGCCCUAACUCCAUUCUGUAUUGUCUUUGCAAACAGUAGAUUCGCCUGCUAAUGACUCACCCAGUGGAACAGCCCCAACAGCACCAGAAGCCACCAGCGGGCAGGACCAGGCUCCAGCAGCCAGUGUCACCACAGAGGCUACAAUUACAGCCCAGCAGAGCACAGGCCUCCCCUCCAAGGCCCCAGUCAAGACGAGCACCCCUGAUGUGUCCAAUGACUCAGGAACUACAGCCCCAGUUCAGCAAGACAAAGCGACCAUUACCAUGCCUGGAAAAGGAGACUCAGGCAACCCUACUGCCACCAGCGACGAUCCCAACGGCAUGAAAGAUGCAGCUGGCACUACAUUUGCACCCUCCAUGACCACAGCUCAAGCUGAUGCCACCACCAGCCAGGAUGGAGCAAAAGAUCCAGCCACAUCUGGGGACCAAAGUAGCCACAGUGAGACCACAGACGUCACAGCCACUAGGGCAGAACAUCUGACGACCCUUCACCCUACAAAUCCAGUUAGCACCCCCCAACCCACUCAGAUGCAUCCUGUGGCCAUCCCAACAAGCUCAGGGCAGGACCAUCUUAUGACAGCUUCAAGCGGUUCAAGCACCGCGGCUGGCCCUGACCACACCUUCACAGGCCCUGGGAUGACCACCACACUACUGUCAUCAGUUCCCUCGCAAAGAACUCAACAGACCUCCAGCCAGAUGCCAGCCAACUCUACAGCCCCCCUCUCCCAGGGGACAGUGCAGCCCACGAGCCCAGCAAUGGCAUCGAGAACGUCUCCCCUCCCAGAGACCACAAGCUCCAACCCCACAGCAGGGUCUACUACCCACCAAGUCCCCAAAACACCUUCUCUCACCUCGGCUCAUGGGAAUAACUGGGUAACUCCAGCAGGAGUGGGGCAGAUAAAGUGUGAGGCUCCUGAAACACCGAAUGAGAAGCAGCUCAUCCUGAACUUCACAGGAAACGUCCGCUGUGCAGGGGGCCCUCCAGAUGAGAAACUGGUCACACUGAUAUGCCGAGCAGUCAAAGCCACCUUCAACCCGGCCCAAGAUGAGUGCAGCAUACGGGUGGCACCUGUUCUAGGAAGUCAGGCAGUGGCCAUCAAAGAAAUCACUAUUCACACAAAGCUCCCUCCCAAGGAUGUGUACGAGCGGCUGAAGGACAAAUGGGAUGAACUAAAGGAGGCAGGGGUCAGUCAUAUGCAGCUGGGGGAUCAGGGGCCACCGGAAGAGGCCGAGGACCGCUUCAGCAUGCCCCUCAUUAUCACCAUCGUCUGCAUGGCAUCCUUCCUGCUCCUCGUGGCAGCCCUCUAUGGCUGCUGCCACCAGCGCCUCUCCCAGAGGAAGGACCAGCAACGACUAACAGAGGAGCUGCAGACAGUGGAGAAUGGUUACCAUGACAACCCCACACUGGAAGUGAUGGAGACCACUUCUGAGAUGCAGGAGAAAAAGGUGGUCAGCCUCAAUGGGGAGCUGGGGGACAGCUGGAUCGUCCCUCUGGACAACCUGACCAAGGACGACCUGGAUGAGGAGGAAGACACCCAUCUCUAGUCCAGUCUAACAGUGGCCUCCAGCAGCACCACAGAGCUCCAGACCGACCACCCCAAGUGCCGUUUGGAUGGGGAAGGGAAAGACUGGGGAGGGGGAGUGAACUCUGCGGGGUGCCCCUCCCAAUCGCUCCAGAGCCUUAAAUUUUCCUUUUUUGAGCUGAACAAAUCACAUUCUGUCCAGAUUCCUCUUGUAAAAUACCCAAUAGUGCCUGAGCUCAGUGCUGCUGGAUGAUGAGGGAAAUCAAGAAAAAGCCACGUAUAAGGGACUUUAAGAGAUCAACUAGUGGAAUCCCUUCAUUCCGCAGCGGGAUUACUGAGACCUGAAGAGGGUAAGUGAUUUGUCCAAGGUCAGAGCCACUUGGUGACAGUGUCAGGACGAAAACCAUUUGCACCAUGCCACGCUGCUGUGUUCACGUGUCCUCCUGCCAGAGCUGUCCCCGGCAGGGGUGAGACUCUAGCAGGUGGCUGGUCUGGAAAGGAGGGCAGGGCUCCAUCUCGGCUCGGUGGGAUCUGAUGACUUGAAAGUCCAGCUCCUAAGUUUUCCUUCUCCUACUCCAGCCUCAUGUACCCAUUUUCCCACCUCGUGUUCUUCCCCCUCCCUGUGCUCGGUGUUUGUUCCCACUUACUCUGUCCUGGGGCCUCUGGGAUUAGCACAGGUUAUUCAUAACCUUGAACCCCUUGUUCUGGAUUCUAAUUUUCUCACAUGUGCUUCGUGAGAUUGGGGCUUAACCCACACAGGACUCCCUGCAUGAACCAGGUCUGCUUUGGGGACCCAUGUGCAGGUCCUCCUCUAGAAGGAGAGGCUUUUCAGGCUGGUGUCUCAGGGCAGCUGAUUAGGGGGUCAGCAGGAACACUGGCCCAUCGCCCCGGCCCUCCUUGCAGAGGCUCCCCACAAUCUUCUUUGACCUUCCAUUUUCACCAGGGACUAAAAUCUGCCAUAGCUACUGAAAGCAGUGUUCCUUUUGUUGUUCACUGCUCAGCUGAUGGGAGUGAUUCCCUGAGACCCAGUGUAAAAGAGCAGUGGCUGUGGGAGAGGCCUUCCUAGGGGCCCCCGCCCCAUCAGCGAUGUCUUCAGAGACAAUCCAUUAAAGCAACCAGGAAGGACAGGCUUUCCUCUUUAUUUCAUAGGAAACUCAGGGACAUUUCAAGUUGCUGAGUUUGUUUUCUAACCCAGCCCUCCACUGCCAAAGGCCAAAGCUUAGAUAGUUGGGGACGUCCAGUUAGCUCAUCUCGCUCAUUCUGGUUCUCCUGUACCACAGGGAUUGAGGGGCCUGGACGUUAGGUGCAUGAAGAGCAGCCUGGGGGACAGACUGUUCUGGGAACUCUCAGUGUCCUGGCUUGGAGCUAUGCCUUGCUGUUUCCUCUUCUCUGUGGUCCUAGUGGGGCUGCUGCAGUUCUCUUGCAGUUUCUGGUGACAUCGUGGGGAAGCACAAAGCCAUGUCUUUUCCCUAAUAUAGGAUUUUUACAGGCUCAACAGUUAGUUGCCAUGCAGAAGGCUCCUAAGCAGUGGGCAUGGCGAGGUUUCAUCUGAUUGGGAAGGGGGAAUCCUGUAUGGAAUUUUGAACUUUCACCAUGGUCUCCAUUGUGCUGGGCGUAAAUUCCCUGGGACCAAGUAGGAAAAUGGGCAGAACUACUUAGGGGAAUGAAAACUGCCAUUUUUUCAGGGUCUUAAGAGUCAGGCCCAGGCUGCAGUAGUUCUGUGAAAUAGGUUAUCUGCUUGGGGAUGGCUUAUUUUUUGAAAGGGUAGGGGGAGGGGCUGGGGAAGCCUAAUUCCUUCCUUAUAGCCUGUAGCCAUCUGAUAUCCUAGGGAAAGGAAGGCCAAGGGUUCACGUAGGGCCCCAGCGAGUUUCCCAGGAAUUAGGGGGAUGCGAGGCUAACAAGGUCCCAAAACAUCUGCCCUGAUUCUCUAGUGUUUGGCGGUAGGCAGGAUGGAGAACAGCGCCCGUUUGGGGGAAAACAGGAAAUCUUGUAAGGCUUGAUGAGGUGUUUGCUUCCUUCUUGCCAAGCAAUAGGUUCUUUCUACCCAGUAGGUUUCUGUCAUGGUCCCCAUGGGAGAGGCCAGACUAGACUAUUCCUCCUUUGCUGACACGGGGUCACAGUUCACCAGCCAGGGCUUUCGACAGAGACAGCAAAUAGGCCUCUGCAAAUUGAUCGAAGGCUGCAACCCUAAGGCCUCUUAGAGACAGCUGAUGACUGGCAAGGACUAGAGAGCAGUUGUGCCUGGUCAGGUCAGUCACAGCUCCUGACUCUCCAUCACUCUGUCCAGGGAGAACCCGCAGAAGCUUUAGGCUGAUUCAGAGGUUUCUUCUUUAUAUUAUUUGUCCAAACUGUGUUAGUCUAGUCUUAGGGCAGCUUCAGAAGCUGACACCUUGCCUUGCUCUUGCCACCAGGACACCUAAGUCAACAGGCCAAACAGCCAUGCAUCUAAAGGUCACCAUCUUCCACCACCUUUACUGGGUUCUAAAUGCUCUCUGAUAAUUCAGAUUCUGGGUCCUGGAAGAGGUAAGAGGAACACUAGAAGCUCAGCAUGACUUUUAAGCAGGUUGUACCAAAGAGAGUUUAGUGGCAAACUAUGGUUUCCCCAAGCUGCAGAGAAGACCAGAAACCAUGAAUAUGACUGAAAGCCUACUGUCACGUGAGUGGGGAGAGAAGCAGCAAUGCUGAUGAAGGAGAUGCAGAAAAUUCUUUGCAUCCUAAGAAAAUACGGGUUUAAUCUAGUCUAGACACCAGGUUUUUGUCCCUCUUGAUAAGGAAAGCUAACAAAGUUUAUUUAAACUACUUCUUGAUCUUUAUCUAUCUUUUUUGACAAAAUAUACUGGAGAAACUCUGAAGAACAAGUUCAAACUGAUACAUAUAGACCUGUUUUUUGGAUAAUGUAAAUACCAUGGCCACAUGUUAAUCCACCCUGCAUUGCUUUAAGUGAACCUACUUUGAAAAAACAUGUUAGCUGCGUGAUGGCCAAAUUUUUUCUCUGAACAGGAAUGUAAAUGUCUUACUAGAAAUGACAAGUUUUUUAUUUUUUAACAAAAAAUGAAAUAUUAAGAUGAGCUUAUGACAAAGUACUUGUCUUGUAGAUCAGGUGUUUUUUUUUUUUUUUUAAUUUUAAAAUGUGACCUUGCUCCCUCCCCAGCCCCAUUAUAGUAAAGGUUGGCGUCAAUAUGCUCUGGUUGGCAGGCAACUUUCUAGUCAUGAGAGAGGGAUUUCAAGUGCUAGUCCAGUCUUUUUCUACAGAUAAGAGAAUGUGAAGCCCACAAAGAUAAAGUGACUUGCUCGAAGUCCAUGGUUUGGGACAGAAACAAACAAGAUUAAAACCUGGAUCUACAGACCAGUGCUGUGUGCCUCAGAAGGAAUAAUCAGUAAAUUAAGAAUUGCUACUCGAAAGCACCAAAAUGACACAAAGGACAGAAUUUCUUUCCCGAUUCUUACCCUAGCAAGGCUAGGGAGGGCACGAACACAAAAACAGGAACCUGGUCUUCUAUAUUUUCUCUGAAUCUUUUAGGUUUAAGAUGUAAGGGAACAAUUCUUUCUGCCAAGAAAUAAGUUUUAGAUGAGCUUUUAUGCAUGUAACUUAUUCCAACAGGAUGGAGGGACCAAGGAAACAAGACGGGGGAGGCAGAGAGGGCAAGAGUAAAACAGUAGCAUAGCUUUUGUCAUUGUCACUAGCUGAUCCCUCAGGUCUGCUGCAAACACAGCAUGGAGGCGGGGAGCAGAUGACUAUCUGUGUGGGUCUUUUUGUUCGCAAUGAAUGUUAAACAGUUUGCCCAGGAACUGGGGGAUCACAUGCGUCUUAGUGGACAGGGGUCUGAAGUACACUGGAAUUUACUGAGAAACUUGUAAAAACUAUAGUUAAUUAUUGCAUUUUCUUACAAAAAUAUAUUUUGGAAAAUCGUAUACUGUCAAUUAAAGUGUUUUUGUGUAAACUGG